AUGGCGGCACAGCACUGUGGCAUAGAGGGGCGCGGAGAGGUGCGUGACGGAAGGGGGCGCGAGGGAGGGCGCGGCGCUGCCGGCGGCCCAUUGCCGGGCGCAGCCCCAGGCGCGGGCGGUGGCGGGAUGAGCGCGCGGCGUCCAGAGUUGCAUUCCAUUCUUGCCCCUACUUCCCAAAAUCUGCUUGAAACUUACCAGCUUUUCCGAGCUAUUGAUGCUUUGUCAAAUUUAGUUCAAGAGUCUCCUCAGUUCAAUCAAAGGGUCCGCUCGCUGAUCCAAGAGAGAGGCUUGAAUCUGGAUAACAACCUUGAGAAGCCAGGUGAGACAUCCUGGGGCUCAUACUAUGAGGCACUAGUGAAACUCGCUGCUUAUUUACCUGCUGUUUGUGAUGCACUUGACUUUAUGGGGAGAGAUGAUUCCAAAAGGACUGAUGAGAAACUUACGGUAUUAAGAGCACAAUGGGCAUUCACCGAGGACAUGCCCUUUGUUUUGCUCUUGAUGCGAGAUGUACUAGCCACUACAAAUCAAUUGUCUCUGGCCUUGGACAGGAACGACCUGGAUGCUGAGAACUUUAUGAUUCUUCUCAAGGAGUCCAAGAGACAGUUACUGGCACUGAGAGAUGAAGGAUGGCCAUCUUUUCUCAUGGAAGUGGACUUGCUUUGCGCCUAG